UUAUGCAAACACAGGCUGUGGCUCCAGUGUUACAGAUCUGGAGAAACGUCUCAUCACAGCUCCAGAUCUAUAUUUCUGAAGUAAUAGAAAAAUCUACACCUUUUAGUGAUGGCACCACGAACCGGUAGGAGGAAGAGCGAGCUGCCAGACCUUUACCAUGAGGGUUACCUGGAGAAGAGGUCAUUCAAAGAUAAGACGGCUCGGAAGCUGUGGACCAGCUUGUGUGGGAACACGUUUUAUUUCUUCAAUGAGAAAAGAGAAAACGAUUAUGUAGAGAAACUGGAGCUCUGUGGACUGAUCUCAGUGACGGACGACAGCAGCCCAGAUCCUAACUUGGAUGCAGCCAGAUUCAAUGUCCAGAUGAAGAAUGGAACCAUUAAAUUCACUGCCCCAAAUGCAGAGUCCCGAGAACUUUGGAAGGGAUUUAUCCACGCAGUGGCUGAGUUGAAGGUGCCCCUCUCCCUCAACCUGCUGCCAGGUCAACUCCACAUGCUGAGAGAGACGGUCAAAAGUGAGAAGAAAAGGUUGGCAAACCCCCUUCCAGAGCCAAGUCCUCCUCCAGCUGUCAAAACAGAGAUGCCCAUUUGUUACUACGAGGUGCCGCGCCUGGAGGCCGAACUGCUGCUGGAGAGAGAAGCCAGUAAAGGAAACCUGCUGGUGAGACCCGGGAGAGACGGACGCUCCUUCGCCAUCAGCACCAAACAGGAUCUAGAUGGCCCCGUUUUCCGACACUACCGCAUUCUUUCUAAACCAGGGGGAGGCUUCUACAUUGAUGUGGAAAAACCUGUCCACUUUCAGACGCUGCAUGAUGUUGUCACAUAUAUGGUGGAAAGCACAGAUGGAAACUUGACUCCCCUCAUCAUAGAAGCACAGUACGACAAAAAUAUCUCUUUUAUUUCAGCGGAUAAUGAAAACGGAGAGAGGACUCAGCAGCUUCUGCCUGUCCCUGUCUCUGUCCCAGAGCAACCCAGGCCAGUUACCGAAACAAAGACGUUCGAUGAUCCAGAACCAGACGUAGAGGAAAAUCCACCUGCUAAUGAUCAGGAGGAGGAAGAUGUGAGGGCUCAUUACUCCCCUCCUCCAACUCCACUAGCGAGGAAAACGCCUCCUAUUCCUGCUCCACGCAAAAAACUCCCUGUAAAACCACCCAGCAGCUCCACCUCCCCCACCAGCGUUCCUGAGGUGCUCAAGAUGAUCUCCGAUCCAGAGAGGAAGAAGCAGAUCCUUCCUGCAGCUUUAUCCGAGCUAAAGGAAAAGCUGGGACAGAAGAUAAAGGUCCAGGACUGACCUCUCCUACCAUCAUCUCUUUGGAUGUGAACCUGUUGGAGCAACAAGCUCGGAGCUGAAAGGAGGCACCAUUACGGCAGGAGGCCAAGCCAUAGGAGUCCUUUCCCUCCUCCUCCUCGAUUAGCUGUCUGCAGCAAAGCCUCUUUAGAGAUUAACAACUCACUGAUUUGCCACUGCUGGACGUUCAUUAGCAAAUCAAUGGACUGUGAAGAUGGGUGGACAAAUUAUGUUCUCGUUUCUCUUGUUCACUUUGCACUUUAGCCAUCGACUAAAUCAACUUAGACUUUUUCUAUUUUUUAAGAGUUUUCCUAUUUUUUAAGAAUGUUUUUAUUUAGCAUACCUUCACAUCUCUAUGGAUGCAGUAUUACUGGUGGUUGGAAAAUGUGUGCCAAUGUCUUACAGCCUGUUUACAGUGAAUGUAAGUGCAGUAAAACUCUCUCAUCAGCUCUGAUAUGAUAAAGUGACUUUUGAUAUGUGCAAUGGAACAAUUUAAAAGAUAUCAGAACUGUACCUGUUUUUUCACAUUUACACAAAGUUCUUUAUAGUUUAAACUUUGAAAAAGAUAUUCAAAGACAGUGUUCUCACUCCUUUAUUACCUCAAUUACUGAUGCACUAUAGUGGAAAAAUGAAACUAUUUACAAUAAAUGGACAUUUUGUCAGCAUGUGAAAUAAAUCGAGUCUUUCUUUAAAGCAUAACAGGCUACAUUUACCCAAUAAAUGCAUACUGAGGGAGAGCUGGGCUAGAACAUGAACCAGCUGAAACAACAUGAAUGUUACAGAGCAGUGCACAAAUACCAAGGUGAAUAAAUGUUUCUCCUGUUUGCCUUAA